AUGGCGUGGAUGAGGCCCCUUAUUCGCCUCUCCUCGCAAUUCAAGGGGUUUGGCCCCUGUACUAGAGACCCCGCUGUCGCCCGCAGUUUCGUGCCUCGCCGGCACAUAUCUGCCUUUGGGUAUACCCAAUCGAAAGCCCUAGUAUUCCCUAAAUAUGGCGAACCAAAAGAUGUUCUGAGUCUUCACUCGUACUCUAUAUCUCCCCCUCACGACACCCAAUGCACAGUUCGCCUCUUAACAGCCCCGUUAAAUCCUGCAGAUGUCAACCAGAUCCAGGGAGUCUACCCAAGUUUACCGAAAUUUACGACCAGCCUUGGAACACCGGAGCCCCAUGCAGUCCCUGGAAAUGAGGGAGCUUUUGAAGUACUUUCUACUGGCGCUGGAGUUAAGAAUAUCAAGAGGGGUGACUGGGUAAUUAUGAAAUGUACUGGAAUGGGAACCUGGCGCACACAUGCUCAAUUCGAUGAGUCUGAGCUUAUAAGAAUUGAUUCUACUGGCCUAUCUCCUUUACAAGUGGGAACUGUAGGAGUCAAUCCUGUGACUGCAUAUCGCAUGAUCAGGGACUUUUGUGAUUGGGAUUGGCUACGCAGUGGAGAAGAAUGGCUAAUUCAAAAUGGUGCGAAUUCAGGGGUUGGACGGGCAGCAAUUCAAAUUGCGCAUGAGUGGGGUAUCAAGACAAUAAGUGUGAUUCGUGAACGAGAAACGGAAGCGGAGACUGAAGCCCUGAAGGGCGACCUUCGCUCUUUGGGUGCAAAUGUUGUGAUUACCGAAUCAGAGCUUCUCUCAUCUUCUAGGCUGCGAGAGAUCAUUGCGGAGGCGACCCGUCAAGGCAAAGAGCCAAUACGGCUAGCCUUGAAUUGCGUGGGUGGAAAGAGUGCAACUGCCCUGGCUAAGGUUCUCGCCCCUAACUCACAAGUUGUGACAUACGGAGCGAUGGCCAAACAGCCUCUCAAUCUCCCCUCCGGUCUUUUAAUUUUUAAAAAUAUUGUAUUCCGAGGCUUUUGGGUAUCACAAUGGGGGAAUAAGCACCCAGCUUUGAAAGAGGAUACAAUCAACGAUAUACUUCGGAUGACCCGAGAAGGUAAAUUCAAGGAUAUACCUGUACAGAAAAUCAAAUGGACGAGAGAUACAAAUGCCGAAGAGCUUGCACAAGAAGUCCAGGGCACCCUAGGGGGGUUCAGAAGUGGGAAGGGAGUAUUUGUAUACGAAGGGGACUAG